AUGGCUGAUGUAACAAGUGAUAUCUCAAUUGGAUCAUCACUUAAACAAACUGUUUCUUCAUCUUCAACAACAGAAAAAGAAGAUUCUGAUGUCAAAGAAAGAGAAGAAAUAGAAUCAGUUGUUUCUUCAUCGGAAUCAAACGUUUUGAAUACAGUUCAAAGUGAAAAACCAUCAACAGCAUCACAAACAGCUUCAGUAUCAUUGGAAACAAUGGUAAGUUCUCAAAAUGUUUAUAGUACUGUUGGUCCGAAUAACACUGUUGAUUUGGCUUCGAAUUUCAUUGAUAAUUCUUAUUCCGAAAAAUCUGCUUCGAACAUUGAUUCAGAAAAAUCUUUGCAAACGAAUUUAGAAUCACAGCAAAUUAUAACAAGAACAUCUUCAUCAGGAAUGGAUUUACCACCAGAAUCAUUGCAUUCUGAUGUUGCUGUGAAAGCAGACAAACAGUUUGACAGUGCAAAGUUUGAUUCAUCAUUGACUCCUCUUGAAGAAAGCGUCAUAACUCCAGCACCUCCUUUAGUUGAUGAAAGCGAAGUUUCAUUUGAUCACGAGGAGUUUUCAAGAAGAUACCAUCAACAAGAAGAGAAAAUUGACUCAGAUAUUCCUGUUUCCACAGCAACAACAACAGAGAGUUCUGAGUCAACAAUCAGUAGACCUUCAUCUCAAGAAACAACAGAUUCAUCAUCAAUUAAAACAAAGAGUAAAUCUGUUUUACCAUCAACGACUUCAGAAGAAGAAGAAUCAACUCAAUCUAUAUCUUACAUUUAUUCCCUUGAAAGUAAGAACUUUUCAGAAGAAGAGAACAUCAAAUCUUCUGAUAAUGGUUAUUAUUCUUGGGAACAAGUUGAAAUCAAUUCUCCUUCUGUUGAUGAAGAAACAUCUAAAGAAAUAAACACGAAAACUAAUGAUUACAACACAGAAACAGAUUCGACAACAAUCACACCAGAAAAGAUUGUUUUCGAUGAUAUUGAAGAUACAAUUGAUAGAACAUCUCUCAACUCUAAGCCAAUGAAAUUACCGAAACCUCCAAAGAGAGAAAUCGAAGCAAUGGAAAUGAAUGAAUUUGAGAGGCAAUUCAGGAAGGAAGAACCUCAAAGUCCAUCGGCAAAACAAUAUAAUUCAUCCUAUGUUCAAUCUAUUUCAUCAAGUAGCUCUUCUAAACAUCAUGGAAAGAAGAGAAAACGAUCAGUUGAUUCAACUGUUUCGGACAUUUUUGAUCAAGAAAAUUCAGCAAGUUACAGUGGAAUAUCUUAUGAGAAAUCGACGACGAAGUCGAAUUCUUCAAGCGCAAAAAUUGCUUCAGAAGACUCUUCUAAAUCAGGUUCAUCAAGUAAAAUCUCAGAACAUCCUUAUUAUUCAUUAUCUACAUCAGAAUCAAAAGAAAGCACAAAAUCUGGUUCGGAACAAAAUUAUUAUUCAGAACAAAGAGAUGACUCUAGAUCUGGUUCAUAUAAUAAUGGUUCAGAAUCGAAUUAUUAUUCACUGUCAUCAACUGCUUCUUCAUCAUUGUCAAUGAGAACAAAGAGUGAUUCGAAGAAAGAUUUUUCAUCUGUUACAGGAACAAGUGAAAUUUCAAAUCUUUCUACUCCAUCUAUUUCAGAUUCUUCAUCAAAUGUAGCAUCAUCUACAACAUCCAAUACAUCCUCAUCAUCAGUAGUACCUCUUAGAAAGAAGAAACCAAAACAAAACACACCUCCACAAUCUCCAAGAAGACGCAAAAGAAAACAAAACUCGGAUGGUUCAGAAACAUCGAAAUCAACAUCCAUUGGUCCGUCACUAAGAAGUCUCGAUAUCUCAUCAUCCGAUUAA